GGCGAUUUUUUCCUCGGAAAUAUACAGUAAUCAGACGUUUAUAUCAGUCAAAAUAAAGAUGACGUCUGAAGUUGAAGAAACAUUAAAAAGAAUUCAGUCUCAUAAAGGAGUAGUCGGUGUUAUUGUUACCAAUAGCGAAGGUGUUCCUAUUAAAACAUCUUUAGAUAAUACGACUACAACUCAGUAUGCUGGUCUUAUGACGCAACUUGUGGAGAGAGCAAGAAACACCGUAAGAGAGAUCGAUCCCACAAACGAUCUUACAUUUCUUCGAAUCCGUUCAAAAAAGAAUGAAAUUAUGAUUGCACCAGAUAAAGAAUACCUCCUUAUUGUUAUCCAGAAUCCAUCAGAAUAGCUAACAUUGUGAGCCUGUAAGGUGUACAUGAUUAAAAUAUUUAAUUACAAAAUAUCUUUUUCUAAGUAUCAAAAUUAUAUAUUGUUAAUGCACUCGAGUCUACAAAUUUUGACUAAUGUAUUUAAAUGUCAUAAGAAUAAUUUCUCACUUAAAAAUUUGAUAUCAUAAUAAAUUAAAUGCUGGAACUGAUGCUGACAGGAAACUUGCGAUACGGUUCUGAUAAAAACACAUGUAUGGUUAUGUCUUGUUUUGUAUUAUGAAAUAUAAUUUGUAUUUUUAUUAAUAAUUAUAUAUAAUUUAUAUAAUAUUUCAAUAACCAUCGGCUGAAUUUUUAUCCAAGAAAUGUUUUGAAUAUCUAGAUUAAAAAACUGUGUUUAAAAAAUUAUAAUAGAUUGAUUAAAAAUUAAUUUUGCUGUAAAUCACUAGGUAGAUAGAAUAAACGAACAGUUAUUUAUUGUGACAUAGUCACAAUGCGGAGCUGCAAUUUUUAA